CACACACAGGCACACACACAAACACAAUCACAUGGAUAAGUAAGGAAUAGAUUUUGCUCUGUUGAUUUACAUGACGAGUGUUCUUGAUAAAUGAAUAUUCCAUUAAUCAACGGAACCACCCACUUAUUGAAUUAUAGAUGAGUAUCUGUGAGUGAAUAUUCUACAGACACAUUUUUUACUCCAGACAUAUUCUUCAGGCAAAAGCAACAAACCACUUUAGCUGUUAUGUAAAUGACUGAGUAUUCAUUCCACAGCCUCUUGUCCUCUUAAUAUAAUCUUUAGGUAGAUUCUGAACAUGCAUUGUAUUCCGGUAUGAAUGUGAGUAAUAUCAUCUUCAUCAUCACAAUCUUCAUCAUCCAUCAACCAUCAUCAUCACAACCACCGUCAUCGCAACUGCCGUCUUCACAACCGCCGUCUUCACAACCGCCGUCUUCACAACCACCGUCUUCACAACCACCGUCAUCACAACCACCGUCUUCACAACCACCGUCAUCACAACUGCCGUCUUCACAACCACCGUCAUCACAACCAUCGUAUUCACAACCACCAUAUUCACAACCACUGUCAUCACAACUGCCGUCUUCGCAUCCGCCGUCUUCGCAUCCGCUGUCUUCGCGUCUGCCGUCUUCACAACCACCAUCAUCGCAGCCUCCAUCAUCGCAACCACUGUCAUCACAGCCACCGUCAUCACAACCACUAUCAUCUCAAUUGCCGUCUUCGCAACCACUGUCAUCACAACCACUGUAUUCACAACCGCCGUCUUCACAGCCACCGUCAUCGCAACUACCGUCAUCGCAACCACCGUUUUCACAACCACCGUCUUCGCAACCACCGUCUUCGCAACCCCCGUCAUCGCAACCACUGUCUUCACAACCACCAUUAUCACCACCUUCAUCAUAAUCAUUACUG